GACAUGCGUGCACUUCGAUUCCUUUUGACCUCGUCGCCGUCGAUAAUGCUUCAGAAUCCUUCCACUGCAUCUGGUCAUCCAGUACUUGAUUCCACCAGUGACUUCAAGUUGAACACCGUGAAGAGCGCAAGUAAUCGGAACCCACAGCCCAGGCGCUCGCGGGCUGGUCAAGGAAAGCCAACGAAUGUAAGGCCCACACACUUCUUGUCUCUGCCAAUCGGCCACCAUCCGGAGCUCCGCGCGCGAAUAAAAGCGUUGCACGAAAGGGUACUCUCUCCGGACGCAACUGCGAUAGAAGGGAUCGACAAGAGCAUCCUGGUUGACCCUCGCCGGCUGCAUUUUACGCUCGGCGUCAUGGCGCUCUCGCCUUCAGCCGCUGUUGGAACCAGCCCACCAUCUAUAACGACACCAGCGCCACCCACCCAUACGCUCGAUGAAGCCAUCGCCCUUCUGCGCUCGCUGGAGCCAGCCGUUGCGGAGCUGACCGAGGGGCCAUUGCGCGUCCCAUUAAACAAGAUGGGCGUGUUAAAAAUGCAGAAAGGGCAAGCGGGCGUGCUAUAUCUGGGCCCGAAGGACGAAAAAAGCGAGGACACGAUGAAGCUCCGUCGUGUUCUGGAGCUGGUUAACAGACGGUUCCGCGAAGAGGGAUUCAUCUCGGACCCCGAACGGCCUGCAGUGCUUCAUUGCACCAUCGUCAACGCGAGCCACAGAAAACCGCGGCGCAUGCCGCGCACGUUCUCCUAUCGCGAAAUCUUUGAGAUGGCCUCUGGGAAUGACACCAAUUCAAAGGAGCAGUAUGUCGAUGUGGAUUUCGGGUCGUGGCUCGCUCCGGAAAUCCAGUUGUGCGUCAUGGGAAUCCAUGGGCCAGAGAAUGAAUACGUCAGCUGUGCAUCCAUACCCCUAGUGAAACCAAAAAAUGAAAUUUAA